CUUUUGUCUCAAUAAUGACGGUGGUAUUUUACAAAACAAAAGUAAACAUUCGAGACAAAUACUUCUUAUCUUUAAAUAAAGACGCUUUAAGGGAUAGUCAAAUAUUUUUGGCAUACAAGUGAGAUUAUUAAGAACUAUAAAACCUCUUCAAGUUCAAGUGGCUUCCUCUCACAAAUAUAUGUGCGAAACUUGUGAUGAUCAUUUGUUGAAAAUUCUCUCGAGAGGACAGCCGGGUGGAGGAGAAUUUAUUCUUUAUAAAAAAAAUAAUAAACACAGAUAUGGAAAAUUAUUAUAAGAAUAAUGUAGAGCGCAAUCAAUUCUCAUCAAGAUUUAGUAUUGAAAAUAUUUUAAAAAAAGAUGUUGAUAUUUUAAAGAAAACAAUGUCCAGUUCAGAAAAUUCUUACCACGAAGAUGACUUGUGCGAAAGCUGGAGGCGAGAAGAUUUCUCGUGUCGGAAAACUUCAGAGAACUUCUACAACACUUUAUACCAAUACAGACACCAUGAAACCGAGCACUGGCUAAAAAGAAACCAUUAUCAAAGACCAAGAUCUUUACCGUUGCUGACGUCAGCAUAUAACAGUCCGUUAUCACCAUACUCGACAGAUGUUGAAGUUAUUCCGUCGCCGUCACCAACGUCAUCUUCAUGGUCGCCAUCGGAAAUAUUUAACCGACAAACGAUGGAAUCGUGGUUUAUGAGCAGAGCGCCACAUUCACCAACGCACUUUUCACAUUAUCCAAGACGACGAAGUCCUGACCGUGGAUCUCCUUACUCAAGAAGUUGGAAUUCCUCCUUAUCAAGUGAACGAGAAGGUUACACCACCCAUCUUUUAAAACCGACAUUUCUAUCGACGACAACCGACGACGAGAUUGAUGACGAAAACCGUAAGGGCGGUCAAGUUCGGUUUUCGCAUACCCAGUCUUCUGAGUUGGAGAGAGUUUUCAGUAUACAGAAGUACAUAUCACCACAAGAGCGUAAACAACUUUCAAGAACACUUGACUUGACAGAACGACAGGUAAAAACAUGGUUCCAAAACAGACGAGCCAAAUGGCGAAGAAUUAAACUGGAAGAUGAGAUGAGAGUGCGCAUGACUGAAAAUUGUUUGACUCGAUUAACCGACGAUCAUGGGAAUGAGAGUGCGCGUGACCGGGACCUGUUUGACUCGAUUAACUGACGAUCAUAUUCAAAGUUGCGCUGGAAAGGUAGUAAGAGAAACCAAGUAAAACAAAUUUUUUUUGAGCAUUUGUUCGUCUUUGUAGAUAUAAUAAAAAGAUAUCCUAUAGUGUUUGGUCUACAUUUACAUUAGGUAGGCACAAUUUACACUACACUUAUUUUAUGACAUUGUUAUUUAACAAUUUAUUUUCUUACUUGUAGAAAUAUUAUUCUGGGAAUAAUGCUUGCUGAUAUUUUUAAUCAUAGGUUUUAAUGAUGAUCGAGUCAAAAUAUAUUUCCGUAACCAUGACAACUUUGAUAUAGUUUCAAGUUUUUUGUCAAAAAAGAAAAUUAAAAUAUGAAUUAUUUUCAACUUUCUAUGAAACGAAUUCACUUUUUUGCGUGUCAUGGAUUUACGAAUGCCUCUAUCUUUGUACGCAAAAACUUAAUUUUAUUUUAACUGCGUGUGACCGUGGGUAUAUUUUUCAUCCUAUGGAUGGUUGUAGUUUUUAUAUAUAAUUAAUGUAUGAUGAACAUAAGGAGCUGGUCUUUUAUUGUACUGUAUAUAUUUCACAGAACAGUCAUUAUUAUGCUA